CUGAAGAUUAAGUCCUCCCGGUAUUUAAAGGGCCCUCGGUUUCUUCAAGGUUUCAGUGUGCAAAGUGAAGCAAGGUUAAACCGACAAUGUGGACGAGUCUUAUUUUAUCACUGCUCCUGGUACAUUGCCUGGUUGCUGUGCCAGCUCCCAAUUUAAAUUACCCGAAUACGGAACCUUGGAGUGCGGAGAGGGCUUGUCGAGAAGUGGACAGAUCGGUCAUGAUCGAAAACAAAAACGAUGCCACAUGCGCCACUUACGUGUAUUGUUAUAUAGCUGGUGGAUCUACAAGAGCGCUAAUUAAAAGCUGCAAGAGCAAUCAAUACUUCAAUGCCGAAUUUAAAUUGUGCAGUAUCAAUAAACCUGAAGGUUGCGAAUAAUUUCUAUAAACCUUUAAAUAAAUGGUUGAUUUGUGCACGGGAAAAUAAUAAUACUCAUCGUGUAAUAGA